AUGUCCGUGCGGCACGGCACAGCCGCCCCGUCCCGUCCCCAGUCGCUGCCGUCCUUCGCCCAGGCGUUCAGCAACUCGUCCCUCGACAGGCUCUCCGCCCACAACAACGCCCUCCCGCCGAUCCAGCCCCCCUCGCCCUUCGACCCCGCCGCCGCCGCCGACCUCGACGCCCUUCCGCAGUCUUCCCCAGACCCCGACCCCCGGCCCCCGCGCCGCAAUGGCAGAAAGCGCCCUCACCCAGACGCCGCCCCCGCCUCCCGCGACGAGCAGUCCUCCGAUCCCACACGCCAGUCUCCCCGCCUCGUCCGCGUCAAGGAGGAGCAGGACGAGCUCAUCGACGACCCUUCCCCGCCCCCCAGGCCCCCCAGAUCCCACUCCAAUCUCCCCCUCGACUCUUCUGCCGCCCCAGCCCCUCCCUCCUCCAAGAAACGUCGCGUCACCAUCAGCGGCGCAGCUCACCCUCCCGACUCCACGCAACCCCAUCCCCCCGACUCCACCCAGCCGUCCUCCAUGUCCUCCAUGGUCAUCGGCCUCCCCAUCAUGCGCGACGACCCCGCCGCCCUCGAGCAGGUCCGCUCCAUGCUCACAAUCAAACAGAACCAAAAAGCCCUCAUCGAACAACGGCGAGGAAGCCUCGCCGGCCCUUCCACCGCCCCGCUCCACCCCUCCGUCGGUGUCAUCCACCCCACCAACGCCCCAAAGCCGCAGCUGGGCCCCGCGACCCGCGCCGGUCCCAUCGCCCGCAGUCCAAAUCUUGGCGCGCCGAGGAUGCGCAGUACAAUCGUAGCCAACGACCCCUCGUCCUCCGCGCGACAGCCAAGCCCAACCGGGUCCGUCGCCCCGAAUCAACAACAACAACAACAACAACCCGUCCCUCCACAUACCCACUCCGCCCACGCCCCCCCAGAAAAUCCCGCCUCCUCACAUCCCCCACAUCCUCCCGCCCCGCCCCAGCCCACCCCGAUCCCCAACGUCCUCCCUCCGCCCCCGAUCAGCUUCAGCUUCGCCCGUCGCCGCGGCGGCGCGGCGGGGAAGAAGAAGCCCGCCGACAUCGUCAUCAGCCCGCGAGACGUCCAGUCCGACGCCCGCCUCCAGCCCGUCAUCCAGAGCGCGCCCCCGGUCCCCCAAGGCGCCGGCGCCGGCGGCCUCGCAGCCAUGAGCGGACGCUUCCCGAUGGCCCUCCCGAGCCUCCCGCCGGUGCUCGGCGCCGGCCAGAGCAUGCGGCGCGUGGCCCCUGGAAACGUCCCGCCCACCCCCACGCGGCUGUCCAUGCGCGGGUCCAUCGCCGCCGCCCCCGCACCGGCGUCCUCCCUCCUGGGGCCCUCCGCGAGCGUGCCCAUCGCCACCACGCUGGUGCCCCCGACGCCCGCCGCGCUGCACCACCCCGGGUAUGCCGCCGACAAGGCGUCCUUCCUCGCGCCGUUCGAGGUCUUCUACGACGCGCUGCGCGACGCGAAGGAGCUCAAGGCGUACCUCGCCGAGCAGCUCCACAAGGCCAGCGCGCUCGCGCAGUCGAUGCAGGCCCAGCAGGAGCGCCUCGACCUCGCCGUCGACGCCGCCGUCGAGCGCCGCAUGGGCGCCGCCGCGGAGGAGGUGGCCGCGCUGCGCAGGCGCGUCGAGGAGCUCGAGGACACGCUGCACGCCGCGCGCGGCGAGGGCGCGGGUCUCGCGCGGCGCAGGAGCCUCGCGCCGGGCGACGCCAACGCGCCGACGCAGACGCAGACGCAGACGGGCCGAGGGCGCGCGGCGCCGUUCCGCAGUAGCGCGCAGCACGCGCAGCCGCCGCCGACCCCGCAGAGCGCGUUCCUCGGCGCGGCCCCCGAGUCGUACACCUUCCCGCCCGUCGACCCCGCCGCGCGCGGCGAGGCGAGCGGCGCGUCGCCCAAAGACAGGGACAGGGACAGGGACAGGGACAGGGACCGCGACGCCGACGGGCGGAACGGGGCCGUCGGCGCGCGGAUGAACGGCGGGUCGCCCGUGCCCUUGCCGUACGACCUCGGCCGCCGGCUUUCGAUCUCCUCCGUGCGCAUGGACCCGCCCCCGCCCCCGCCCCCGCCGCCAUCCCAGCACCCCCAGUCCCAGUCUCAGCCCCAGUCCCAGCCGCAGUCCUCGCAUCCCCUAGAGUCGGCGUCGGCGUCGGCAUCGGCGGGCGCGAGCGGCGCCAAGGGGAGCGCGAAGGGCGGCAAGGGUGCGGCGGCGACGCAGCGGGCCGUGCGGUUUCCGGAGCGCCCGGCGCCGCCGUCGCGGCGGCCGUCGGCGCAGCAUCACCAACAGCAGCAGGGGGAGGGCGAGGAGCAGGGACAGAGGGCGGAGAGGAAGUCGCCGGCGGCGGGGCGGAGGCCGAGCUCGGUGGUCGGCGCGUCGCCGAAGAGUCGACCCGAGUCGCCGAUGGACGAAUCCGGGGCGUGA